GUUUAUUUCGGGUCAGUUGGGUCCGCACGGAGGAGAUUCCCCAGCGCACGCGGCUGUUUCUAGGAACUGGUUCCGGGUGUCGGUGGCUGAAGCGCAAGAUCGUUCCACAUUCGUCGAUCAACAGAAUUCCGGGACAGAAUGGAUGGUGAAGAGAAAACAUAUGGUGGCUGUGAAGGUCCAGAUGCCAUGUAUGUAAAGUUAAUCUCUUCAGAUGGACAUGAAUUCAUUGUGAAAAGAGAACAUGCCUUGACGUCUGGAACCAUCAAAGCCAUGUUAAGUGGGCCAGGUCAAUUUGCUGAGAAUGAAACCAACGAAGUGAACUUCAGGGAGAUCCCUUCUCACGUCCUGUCCAAGGUCUGCAUGUACUUCACCUACAAGGUCCGUUACACCAACAGCUCCACAGAAAUCCCGGAAUUCCCCAUCGCUCCAGAGAUUGCACUGGAACUUCUAAUGGCUGCAAACUUCUUGGAUUGCUAAAACAAUAGAGAUAAUGUAGCGGCUUGAAACCUUUUUAGAUUUCCUUUUGUUUUGUUUUGACUAUUUAACUUGUUUUGCCAUGUACGUCAUUUGAAAAACAUGAUUGUGUGUAAAAGUUUUCCUUUUGCGCCUGGAUUUCUGUGCUUAUCUUAUCAGUGGUAAAAAGAAUUUCAUUUUAAUAUAAUGAGCACAUAUGGCAGGCUGCAUCAGUUGCCCCAGAAUGUGACAAAUGUAAUUAUCCUCACCUCUCCAUAAUAAAGAUUUGUUUGGG